AGGGGCAUUCUUUAAUUGGAACGGUUUCCUUCCAAAUCAAGCCAUCAUGCGUUUCAUUUGUAUUUAGCCGCGGAUGAUCUUGCGCAAUCUAUGUUUACUGAACAGAGGGAUGCUUGUUUGCAGUGGUAGACUGGUAUGAUACUGAGCUCUGUCCUUUCCGGACAGAAAUGGCGGAUGGUUUGGCAGUAGACCUAGGAAGAGGGAGAUAUGAUGGGGGCUCAGUGGAACAGCAUCCGAUAAUUAUUUUAUGAUCUCAAAAAACUUUUGGUUAUCAUCAUGGAUUAUGAACCAGAUGAGCCGAUAUACUGCGAACUGCCUGCAGAGGAUAUGACAGCAUCUCCACAGAGUACAGACAUGGCAACCAUUAAUCAGGGUAUGGAAUACCAGGUUGCUGGCAGCCUGCCCCUCAUUGGUAGCCCAAAGUACUGUCCCGGGGUCAACAGCAAUGUUGGAUACCUGUGUGAGACUGGGCACUGCUGUGGGGAGACCGGUUGCUGCACCUACUACUAUGAGCUCUGGUGGUUCUGGCUGCUCUGGACGGUUCUGAUCUUGUUCAGCUGCUGCUGCGCGUACCGCCACCGGCGGGCCAAGCUGAGGAUCCAGCAACAGCAGAGACAGAGGGAGAUCAACCUCAUAGCCUACCAUGGGGCCUGCAACUACCCCACCUCCAUGCUGGAUCUCAGUUUCUUGGCCUCCUUCAAACUCCCCUCCUACGAAGAGGUGGCGGCUCAGCCCAGCACACCCCCUCCUCCAUACAGCACCGUGUUCGCCCUGCAGGGGGGCGGCCAGUACGCCCAUGCUGGCCCCAGUGGCAUGACGUCCUCCCAGAGCUCCGACAACUACACCAGCUGCUCCUGUGACUCCUGCAUGGCCACCUCCCCCUGCAGCACCUCCUUCUCCGUGCAGGUGACCGAUGAGACCGACACCAGCAACGCCACCACGCCCAGCGAGGCGGGCGACCCGGCCGCCCCGGUCAUCAGCACUGCUGUGCCCACCUCCCCUCCUCCCGCGGCCCUGUGUGCCCCCGCACUUCCUCUCGGCGACCCACUGGGGGCGCCAGCGGAGCAGAGGGAGGAGGGAGAAGGCCCCAGCAAGGAGCCCACGGAAGACCGCCCCUCGCCCAAACCCGUCCAGUCCCCGCCCAAACACGCCCUCUUCUCUUCCAACGUGGACUUCUUCGAGCCCGACAGCCACGCGUCCGGUGCCUCAGACGCAGACGACGAGGACGUCGACGCCGACGAGAGCCACUUCCGCCACCGCCGCAUGACGGGCGACUCGGGGAUCGAGGUGUGCCGCUGCCAGGUGGAGAGUGAGGACGAGGAAGAGGGGAACGCAGAGGGGGGCAAGGAGGCGGGGACGUGGACGGAGGGGGAGGGGAAGGAGGAGGCUCAUCGCCUCCAUGACAGCGCCGACUGCUCUAACCGAGCCCAGACGACCCAGUCCCAGACAAGGGAGGAGUGCACCAGUCUGUGCGCCCCCGCCCCUUCACUGCAGAGUGAGGAGGCCGUCAUCACUAUGGAGUCAGCAUGAGGGUCAAUUGGAUGAGACUGGGUAAAGACUAAAGAGAAUAAAGAUCCAAAACAACGGAAUAUAAAUGGGAGCAUGUUGUAACUCAUAAGGUGGGUCCCAGUGACCAGAGGAAGAAGCAGAAUGCUGUGGCCUACACCUUGUGUCAUAGUGUCCCCCACAUAUGCAUAGAGCCCUAAAAAUGAUAUUAAGUGAAUUCAGAAGAAAGAUAAAAAUAGGUCUGAUCAUUCAGCCGUGUAAGAAAUUGUGGGGACCUGUUUGUCUCUCUUCAUUUGUGUGCCGAACGCUGGUUACACAACCCAGAACAAAAGACGUUUUCUUGGUAGACCUAAACAAAGCGGCAGUGAAAAAUGCAGAUUAGCUCCGUUUGCUCUCUGGAGUCGCAUGGCGAACAACAGCAGCUGUGUGGGCAGGGUGAAGUCAGCAUAAUGUCCGUACUGUAACCCCCCCACUCCUCCUAAGGGCUGCUCCGAUGGUACUUUCACGGCAGUCCCAAGAUCCUCUCUGUUCUCUAAAAUGCGUGCGCUAAAGCCAGGCUUUUCAAGUUCUUCUGUCACUGUUGGUAGCCAUGUAGAAGUGGUAACAACCUGCUGCCUCUAGAAACCCACUGUAACUGGAUGCUUCUCUCAGACUGACUGUACUGAUCGAUCUCUGUGCUACUUUGGUGGCUUAUCAGUAAUAAUAAUGCUAAUAAUAAUACAAAUAAUGCAAUAAUGAGGACAUACCUAUCCCCAACUAUCAGUGGAGUAAAUAUCAAGCUAUUAAGUCUUGGUAAAGUCUUGGUUAAGUAUUUAAGGCUUUGAUGAGGAAUGACAAAGCCACUUUCCCUUAGUGGUUAUUGGAUUAUUGGCACUGUUUCUCCACUGACAGAAAUGAACCAUGGGAAGCCGACAUCCCUCACCACUGACGCUGAAUGUAACCUUUCCAUUGUGUCAGACACAGGCUAUUACUCAGUAAAUCUAGGACAGGUGCAAAGCGUCUACUCACGAAUGUUCCAGAACGCAGGCUGGGCUUGGGAUAGCCAGCCUCAGACAUGAGGUCAGGGUUUCUAGGUUCCUACACAGCAGGGGAAGCAGUCCACCUUUUCUUAAUCAUAUUUUUACUUUCAAAAGUGUAUUCUCAGACCCCCCCUCCCCAUAUAACCCAAAUAAUAUAUUGUGCUGAGUGCUGUUUGGAAAUUGAAAAAUUAUUCAAAACAUUUUUCACAAAGAAUACAAUAGUGACAAGAUAUACUUAUGCAUGCUGCCAAAAUGGAUUUCUAAAAGGUGUCCUUUUAUUGAUAUUGAAUAGUAUUAUAGCAUGCCCCAAAAUGGCCACAGCUAUUGUUAUAUAAAUUUACAACAUACUGUAAGUUAUACAGUUUAUUUUUUUAGCAUCCCCUCUUACUCCAAGAUUUUUCAAGAUUAAAAUGUGCGCUGCAGAAAGUAGCCCAGAACUUGGUAAUGUUAGGUCUCUGUCUUUCGUCAUACAAUGUAAAAAUGUAUGUACAUGUACAAAGUAAAAUGUCCUGGCUCUGCUGUAAGCCAGUAUUUCAAAUGAUAAAGUUUUAAAGCCGCUAGAAUGUGUCGGUGCUGAACAUGGUCUUGUAUGAAGCGUGGCUGUGCUGACUGGCCAGACUAUUACCAUCCACCAGCAGAUUAUACUUCAGCAUCCUGGAGCACUUUCUUUCUUAGUUUCUUAACCUCACAGAAUAGCAUCUGUGCUCUGUCACAUUCCAUAACCCAUUGCUACCAUUUUUUACUUGGUAUUCAAAAAGUAUGGAUAUAAAUAUGUAUCUCAUUUGGCUAUUGCCUGUAGUGAGACUGCGUGUCGAACAAGUAAGAAAGGGGACUUGAUGGAGAAACAUCCUUUUGUUUGGUAGGCAGCCAUUUCCUCUGGCGUGUAUAAUAUUACCCGAGGGGUGUACCCCUCCCCCCUCAAGAAUUGCAAAAAUGAAUCCGCUCAGACUAUAGCUUGAGUUACACAAUGUUUAGCAAGGACUUAUCUUUAUUCUGUAUCAAUGUUUUGUUAUUGACAGCAAUAGAGUAUCACUGAGCAAAUGUUGUGGGAAAAUCCUUUGAGAGAAAAUGCUCCACAUAUUAAGCAUUGUUGUAUUUGUACAGUUUUACCAGCACCACGCAGGAGAAGACUGUAAGGUGAUUUCCAAGUUUUCCUCAGAUGCAUAGUGUGGAGGGAAAAAAGGCCCAUCAGUAGAACAGAGCGUUCUGUUGAUUGAGCGCUUGUAUACUGGCACGGCCUGGUGGCUGACACAGUGUGUUGUCACAGGAGCAAGAAUAGGGUAUUGGUGGGGGGGGGACUACAUGUCUUAGAGUGAUGACAUCACGCACGCUGGCCUGCGUGCAUGUCUGAAUUCCACCACUUUGUUAGAAAA